CCUGGGGAAGCGACAGAUGGAGGGCAGGGAGGCAGAGUUAUCCCCAGGCGGGGCUGUCUGUCCCCGAAGCCUGGCACCUGUCUGCCAGGAUCGGUGGGUGGUGAGGCUGAGGUGCCCCCUUGCCCAGCGCUGAGUCAUGGGCAUCCCCCAGGGUCACCGCCUGAGCUCUCUCAGCCCUGCCCCCUCUGAGAAAUCCGUGACUCACGUAUGGUCCCGUCAUCCCAGCCAAGCUAGGGAAGAGGGAGGAGCCCGACUGGGGCAGGAGGGGGCCGUCCCCCCACAAACCCUCACAGCCUCGCCGCCUCGCCUGCCUCCGCAGCUGCCUGCCCGCCUUGCUCUGCUGCAAGAGAGGAGCUGGGAGCCUCCCACACUCACCAGCCUGCCCACUGGGGGCAGCCUGACUCUGGCUGGGGGGCUAAGCCUCUGAAGUGGGACUUGAAAGGCGUUCCAGCUGCCUGGUCCCACACAGGACCUUCCUCCGGCACCAGGCGGUGACUUCUCAGGGUGACUUUGGGGAGCAAGAUGGCCACCCAAGUGCUACUGCAGACAGCACUGCUCCUGCUGGGUCUGCUCUUCCUGGUUCAAGUCUUUCCCUCCUCAGGUGCCCGUGGCAGGAGCCCCCGUGAAGACUUCCGUUUCUGUGGCCAGAGGAAUCAGACAGAGAAGAGCAGCCUCCAUUACAGGCAGACAUCAGACCUGCACAUCUCCAUCAAGAACUCCGAGGAAGCCCUCACGAUCUACGCCCCCUUCGCGGGAGCCCUCCCGACCUCCCGAUUCUUCCCCGACCCCAGGGGCCUCUACCACUUCUGCCUCUACUGGAACCGCCAUGCUGGGAGAUUUCAUCUUCGCUAUGGCAAGAACGACUUCUUGCUGAGUGACCAAGCCUCUAGACUCCUGUGCUUCCGGCACCAGAAGGAGAGCCUGGCCCGGGGUCCCCCACUGCUCGCCACCUCUGUCAGUUCCUGGUGGAGCCCCCAGAAUACCAGUCUGCCCAGUGCUGCUGGCUUCACCUUCUCCUUCCACGAUCCCCCCCAGAAGGCCUCCCACAAUGCCUCGGUGGACAUAUGUGAGCUGAAAAGAGACCUUGAGCUGCUCAGCCAGCUUCUGAAGCACCCCGGAAAGACCUCGAGGAGGCCCUCGUCCACCCCUGCCAGCCAGCAGCUGCAGACCCUGGAGUCGAAGCUGACCUCUGUGAAGUUCACGGGGGACACCCUGUCCUUCGAGGAGGACCUGGUCAACGCCACGGUGUGGAAGCUCCAGCCCACAGCCAGCCUCCAGGACCUGUACAUCCACUCCAGGCUUGAGGAGGCACAGAGCGAGAUCCGGGAGUACUCGGUGCUGCUGCCCCGCGUGCUCUUCCAGAAGACCAAAGGCCGGAGGGGGGAGGCUGAAAAGAGGCUGCUUCUGGUGGACUUCAGCAGUCAAGCCCUGUUCCAGGACAAGAAUUCUAGCCAAGUCUUGGGUGAGAAGGUCUUGGGUAUCGUUGUGCAGAACACCAAAGUAGCCAACCUCUCGGAGCCUGUGACGCUCACCUUCCAGCAUCAGCCACAGCCGAAGAACGUGACUCUCCAAUGUGUAUUCUGGGUUGAAGACCUGACAUUGAGCAGCCCGGGGAGCUGGAGUGACGCGGGGUGUGAGACCAUCAGGAGAGAGACGCAGACGUCCUGCCUCUGCAACCACCUGACCUACUUUGCGGUGCUGAUGGUCGCCUCCGUGGAGGUAGAUGCCAUACACAAGCACUACCUGACCCUCCUCUCCUACGUGGGCUGUGUCAUCUCCGCUCUGGCCUGUGUCCUCACCAUCGCCGCCUACCUCUGCUCCAGGAGGAAGACUCGGGAUUACACCAUCAAGGUGCACAUGAACCUACUGCUGGCUGUCUUCCUGCUGGAUGUGAGCUUCCUGCUGAGUGAGCCCGUGGCCCUGGCAGGCUCCGAGGCUGGCUGCCGGGCCAGUGCCAUCUUCCUGCACUUCUCUCUGCUCGCCUGCCUCUCCUGGAUGGGCCUCGAGGGUUACAACCUCUACCGACUCGUGGUCGAGGUCUUUGGCACCUAUGUACCUGGCUACUUGCUCAAGCUGAGCAUCGUGGGCUGGGGCUUCCCCGUCUUCCUGGUGACGUUGGUGGCACUGGUAGACAUGAACAACUACGGCUCCAUCAUCCUGGCUGUGCACAGGACUCCGGAGAGUGUCAUCUACCCUUCCAUGUGCUGGAUCCGGGACUCCCUGGUCAGCCACGUCACCAACCUGGGCCUCUUCAGCCUGGUGUUUCUGUUCAACACUGCCAUGCUGGGCACCAUGGUGGUGCAGAUCCUGCGGCUGCGCCCCCACGCCCAGAAGUGGCCCCACGUGCUGACGCUGCUUGGUCUCAGCCUGGUCCUCGGUCUGCCCUGGGCCCUGAUCUUCUUCUCCUUUGCUUCUGGCACCUUCCAGCUGGUCGUUCUCUACUUCUUCAGCAUCAUCACCUCCUUCCAAGGCUUCCUCAUCUUCCUCUGGUACUGGUCCAUGCGGCUGCAGGCCCGGAACGGGCCCUCCCCUCUGAAGAGCAGCUCGGACAGCGCCAGGCUCCCCAUCAGCUCGGGCAGCACCUCGUCCAGCCGCAUCUAGGCCACCAGCCACCUUCCAGGAGCUGUGUGAGGAAACUGAGUUGCGGCCUCUCCUCACCGCCGCCCGCCGCCCCCGCAGCCAGGCCGGACACUUCAGGGUCAGCCGGAGACUUGAGAAGAAGGCCCAGGGACCUCAGAGUGAGGGGACGGUUGCCCUUGGCAGCCAGACCCCCAGGCUGGGCCUUCUGAAUUGGCCUGCAGACUGCUCGGCUCUCAGGUCCAGCUCACAAGGGGCUGAGGAGUGGGACCGUCCCGCUGCUGUCCUCGCUGGGGGCUGAAGGCUGUUCUUAAGUCACCGCCGCUGGGCCCGGCCCUCGUGGCUGGCGAUGGGAGCCCUCACGGCCCGAAGGUCAGGUCCCGGGCCUGUGAGGCCCGGUGGCAACCUUGGUCCUGUGCCCCCACCCAGGACAGAAAUGUGCCAUAGCUGUUCUGUCUCUGGUGAUCACCAUGAGGGCACUCGGCAGUCCUGUUAUUUUAGCCUAAGAGUGGUACUCAGGGCAUGUGGGGUUGGGGCAGAGCUUUGAGCCAGACCUCUGGAGGAGAGCCCCCUCCUGGCAACAUCACCUCUACCUUGGAGCCCAGGGCCCUCCGUCAUCCUCCCCAGCCCUCCCUCUCCAGCCCUCCGCUCAGCCCCAGGGGGUCCCCUGGGGGCUCCCAGGCCCAAUGCUGUAUUUUGGGUUGUGGUUUCCAAGAGCUGCCCGGUGCCUGCCGUAAACCUCUAUCGACUGCACCGACUUUUGCCUGCCCUUGACUCAGGCAGAGUAUAGACAUUAUGGGCUGGGCCAGGUCUGUCUGUCCAUCUGGGCCUUUCUAUAAGCUGCAUCACCCUUGCUCACCACUGCCAAGCCCAUCCCUCACAGGGGCCCUCAGCCUCUCUCGAAGCCCUCUUGUGGCAAGAACUGUGGGGCACAGCAACGCAGAAUUAUUUCUGCCCCAGUGCCCCAGAAGACUGAGACGUGCUUCCCCUGGUGACCCUGGCCUACAGCCCAACGUGCUCCUAAAGGGUCGGAGCUACAGGUGUAGGGUUAGCAGAGCCAUCGUUUCUUGCUGGGGACCCAGGAAGACUUCCUGUAGGAGGCAGCAUUUGAUCUGGAUCUCCGCCUUAAAGAUGUGGAGGCCUUUCUUUUUAAGUACUGCUAUCUCAUUUGUCUUUUGAAUUUAAAGAAGUAGACGUUUGUUGUAGAGAAUCUGGAAACUGUAGAAAAGUACACAGAAGAAAAUAAAAAUCAUCUCUUGUUAUCACCUAACAAACCAAUGUAAA